GUGAUAGUAGGUAUACUGUACUGCCGGGUAGUUGCUGCUUAAAUCAAUCUUAUAUUUACCAUAUUUACAUUCUCGCUCGUUUGUUCGAUGUUGAAUAUUUUUUAGAUUAACUUUUAUUUUUAAAACUUAUGUGCUAAAAUUGAAACUCUAUUGGUUUCAUAAAAAAUGACUUUGUAUCAUUUUGGUAAUUGUGUCACCUUAUUGUACGUGCCACACUAUUUAACGUACAAAUACGCAAAUCUAUCCGAGUAUGGAGCAUUUUGGAAGUGUAUACAAGGUGGUAUUAUAUAUACGUUCACCCAACUGUGCAAGAUGUUGAUUUUAGCAACGUUCUUUCCUGCAAAUGAGGCAUCUAUAACCACAUUGAGUUUAACGAACUUCCUCAAGAGCUCUGUUGAUUUAGCUGAUAUUGCUGGAAUCUAUGUUAUAUUGCAAAGCAUACCCGGAAAAGGGCAUGCCAAGGUAAUGACAGCAGGCAUUGGUUGGGCAGGUGCUGAAAUAUUAUUGACCCGAUUUCUACUUUUAUGGGUGGGUGCAAGAGGCACUGAAUUUGAUUGGAAGUACACUCAAAAAUGUUUAGAAUCCAAUAUAAAUUUGAUGCAUCAUAUAAUGACUGCUGCAUUAGUUUGGUUAUGGUCCAGACACGAUUUAUCUAAAUUACAAUCAAAAUUUUCACCAUUUGCUGCUGUCAGCAUUCUUCUGUUGCUGUCUGUUUACCGUUCAGUGAUUAUAGACUCUCUUGCUGCUUGGCUUUUAAUUGAUCCUUGGUCAAUAAUCGCAAUCAAAGGAGUUUACACAAUUUUUCUAGGUUUAAUCAUGCUAAAAUAUUAUACUAGACUUUCAACAUUAAUUGGGAUGUAUUAAAAAAAAAAAUGAAAUUUUUUUAUAUAAAUAUUCAAAAUAAAGAUAUACACAAACUUUAUAAUUAUUAUUAUUUUGUAUUAUAUUUAUUUACACUGAUAAAAAAAAAAUAAAAAAAAUUAAACAAAAAUAAUGUA